GUGAUCGUCAGUCUCGCCGCCGUGGAUCGGGGGAAACAUGGGGAAGCUUCAGGAGUUUGAGAUCGCGCUCGACAAAAACAAAGUGGUGUACAGUCCCGGAGAGUCCAUCUCCGGUACCGUGACGAUCAAGGUGAAGCAGGCGCUGCCGUGCAAAGCCAUCAAAGUGAACUGCAAUGGUUUCUGUGGCAUCACCAACAAGUUGAACGACACGGCGUGGACAAUGGAGGAGCAGUACUUCAACAGCACCGUCUCUGUCGCAGACAAAGGAACCCUGAAACAGGGAGAACACACGUUUCCCUUCAAGUUUCUCAUUCCAGCCUCUGCUCCGACGUCUUUUGAAGGCAACUAUGGUCGGAUCAUUUACAGAGUGAGGGCUUUUAUUGACACUCCACGAUUUGCCAAAGACUACAACAAAGAAACAGCUUUCUACCUGCUCAGCCCUCUAAACCUGAAUGAAGUGCCAGACAUAUGGGGAACCUGUUCAUCUGCAGUGACUCAGCAGUUCACCUACAUGCUGGUGAAAACAGGCACAGUGGUCCUGAAGGCCCAGACCGACAUGAAGGGCUACACACCAGGCCAGAUCAUCCAGGUGACGGCCAACAUCCACAACCAGUCCGGGAAGAGCACAGGCAACAUGGCAGCCAGUCUGAUGCAGAGGGUGACCUAUGAGACAAAGAAGCCCACCUAUGAUAUGAGAACCAUAGCAGAGGUGGAGGGAGGUGUGGUGAAGGCCUCCAAGGAGGUGCAGUGGAAGGAGCAGAUCAUCGUUCCUCCUCUUCCUCAGUCAUCCCUCGCUGGCUGUGAGCUGAUAAAGAUAGAAUAUUAUGUUAAAGUCAGUCUAAAAUCUCCGGACGUCAUGUUGACAUUACCCAUCCACAUUGGAAAUGUCUCGCUGGACAAAAAACUGCACCGCUCCAAAAAAGCAGCUCCUCCUUCCUCUGCUGCACCUGAGGAUACUCCAGCCUCCGCCUCCGCCUCCGCCUCCGCCUCCGCCUCUGUCCCUGACGCUUCCACCUCUGCUACCACUCCCACGACGACCCCUCGCACUGCCCCAAAACCCGCUCCCCGUCCCGCCCCUCGUCCCCGAAUGUCUUCUCACAGUUCCCCCAGUGCUCCUCCAGCUGAGUACCACCAUGGAGCAGAGGGUGGGACUCCGAUGAACGAUGGCUUCCCCAACAAGCGCCAGUCUCAGCUGGUGUCACCCAACGCCUUCAGCUACGCCCCCGGCCUUUUUUUCUCCCAGAACCAGCAGCACGGCGGGCCUGGCACUGCCCCCACUGGGCCUACAUUCAGUGGGUCCACAGGGGCCCCAUCACCUUAUGCCCCUGAGAACGGAUCUAGCUCUGCACCAACACCACUCAUCCUGCCUCCAGACUAUGGCGCCUCAUCUUAUCCACAAGAAGCUCCUCCUUCUUAUGAUGAGAGCUGCAACACAUGAAGUCCCAGGACCCCACCCCUCCACCAGGAAGAUGAUUGAUUCACUCUGAUAUCAAACAAAAUGUUGAAUUUUGUAACAUUUUAUCAUGUUAUAACUAACUUGGGAAAAAUGAGUUGAAGACACAGAAGAAACCUAAUGUGACCUGCUAGGAUAGUUAUUUUAUACAGUAACCCUCAGAUUUUAUGUAAGUUUCAGGUUUUUCUAAAUGUAUAAGAAUCAAUAUUUUGAAUUUAAAUGAAUGUGAUUUGAGCUCGGACUCCGCUGCCCAGUGAACCAGGAGCUGAACUAACCUAAUGGGGGUUAUUCUCCCCUGAAAACUAGCCACAGCAAAUCAACGCUGUCUUUAUAAAAAUCUAUCUUUUUUGUUUGUUUUAAGCACUUUGAAUGAAAGGAGAGAGAAGAGGUAGGAUUUUGUUUUCUGUUCUUCAUGCAGUAACAGGAGUCACGUUUUUAGUUGUGGGUUAUUUAUAUGUAGAUGACAUCUGUGAUGUCACGUUUGAAAAUGUCAUGAAGAAAACCUGUGCAAAACAAACAUCUCUUAUUUUUUCUAAGUUUAAUAAGAAUUAAAGCAGUGGGAUUUUUAUUGGAAACAGGUGAAAUCCUCUUUAUUUGUAGAAGACUGGAUGAAAGAUGUUGUUUGGAAGGAUCUUUUUUUUAUUUGGCUUUGAUCAGAAGUUUUCUAAUUUAUGUGAUAUUAUCCAGAUAUUGGUUUCAGAAGCUUCCUCCCUUUAGCUUUAUAAGGUUGUAGUGCAGGAUCCAGUUUAGCCUCAAGAUUUCUGCCAUGUUUGAUCAUUUAUUACAUUUAGGUCAUUAACUCUGCCGUAAUGACUGCAGACUUCCUUUUAGAAAUCAUGUUGUAUAUUGUUCUUCCUCUGUUGCAUGUGUGUUGGUUCUGUUCAUGACAUCCUCUCUGUCUGAUUUCUGUUAAUAGUUGAACAACAAUGCAAAAUCCCUGAUUUGAGGUUUCUCAACUAAUUUAAUCUGUUUUUUGUAAAUACAUUUAAAUAUUUCUUGAUCAAGUUAAUGAUGAGUUAUUUUGAGUGUUUAUCAACCGCUGUCUGGAUUCCAGUAAAUCAGCCCUUGUUUUUUUAAUAGUAUUCUCAAGUCUAUUUUCAACAUACCAGAAAUAAAUAAAGAUGUGAUUUCUCUAUAAAUGUUGCUCUAGCAGAAAUUCAGUGCGUACCUUUCACCCACGCACCUUAACCCAUGUGUUCAUAGAACAUGACUUAUGUCAACAUGUAAACUGAUGAUGUGAAACUGAAAAUGUUUUAGACCAACAUGUUUGGGUGAGUAAACGGUGUGUAUAGAUUAUACAGAGCAGUCUGACAUAUUGAGGGUAGCACUCAAAUACAUAAAAAAAACAAAAAACACAGAACAUUUCUACAAUUCAACUACGACUUACCUCUUGUACUGCCUUACUGAUCAGGAAUGACAUUUUCAAAAUGUUAGAAAAUUGCAUUUUCAUUUUCACGCCGAAAGAGUGUCGUCACAUGUAAAUGACUUGUGACUGGUGGUGCUGUUUCACUUAUUCUAUUUGCAUAUUAUCCACUGUACAGCAGGUGAAGUCUUUGAAAGUGAAAUGUCAAAUGCUGGUUUUAUUUUCAUUUUCUAAUAGUUAAAAAAUUUGCAUUUUAUUAUUAAUCAUGACUUGAGAAUUAUUUGCAUAAAUGGAAAAUCAGGUUAAAUUGUUCAUAUUGCAUUUUUCAUUGUCAAAUUUGAAGUAACAUUUCACUGUAAAGCAACAACUUUGAACAGGUUGAACAUAACCAUACACAUACGUACAAAAUAAAUAAAUAAAUAAAACACAAAAUUAACUUAAAUAAAUCCAGCAGUCAUUAACUUAAGGGCUUUCUUAUUAUCCUUAAUAAGCUUCAGAGACUUACUCAGCCAUUGAUUUAUACACAUUUACAUUUAAAAUACCUGCAUUUAUGUAUAAAAAACUUCCCUAAUAACAGUAAAAUAUUAAGAAGAAAGUCCAAAUUCCGAUUUUCAACACAUAAACCAAACUUCUGGCCGGCUCUGCAUAUCGCUCCAGAAAGACUGAACUGAUUCAUAUUGGGUUUUUUUUCUAAACAAUUGUUUUAAAACAUUACAUUUUUUUUACUUCUUUUUUUUACAUCUACAUUUAUUUAUUUCCAUUAUAGUGUUUCCGAUUUACAGCAUU